AUGCUAAAUAAAGCAACAGAUUUGAACGAUUUAUGCUUAAAUGGUUAUAAUAGUACAGAAAAGAAAUAUAAAGAGAAAAAUAUUUUAGAUGCGCAUGAAGAUAAUAUGGAUACAUAUAAAAUUAAUAAUUUAAAUGAAAAUAUUAAAGCUGAAAAUUUGUUAGAAGAAAAAAAAUUAUUAAAAAGCCAACAUGAACUUGCAGUAAAUGAGGAGAGAAAAGAAGGAAUUUCUAACAAUAAAAAUGAAUAUAUUAAUGUAAAUAAUAACAAUGAUGAUAUAAAUAAUAAAUAUAUUAUUAGAGAUAUAAAUGUUAAUGAGCAGAAUGAAAAUAUAAAUGAAAAUAGAAAAGUAAAUGAAGACAUAAGUAAUGAGAAAGAUAAAAAUGCAAAUAUAAACUCAGAUAAAAAUGAAAAUACAAAUAAAGAUGAAAAUUUAAAUGAAGAUGCAAAUAAAAAUGAAGAUAAAAAUACAAAUGCAAAUUCAAAUAAAUAUGAGAAUUUAAAUGAAAAUUCAAAUAAAAAUGAAGAUAAAAAUACAAAUACAAACUCAAAUAAAAAUGAAGACUUAAAUAAUGAUGGAAAUUUCAAUAAAGAUGCAAAUCAAAAUGAAUAUAAAAAUACAAAUGCAAACACAAAUAAAAAUGAAGACUUAAAUAAUGAUGGAAAUUUAAAUAAAGAUACAAAUCAAAAUGAAGAUAAAAAUGCAAAUGCAAACUUAAAUAAAAAUGAAAAUAUAUAUAUAGAUGAAAAUUUAAAUGAAAAUGCAAAUCAAACUGAAGAUCAAAAUAUAAAUAUCAAUACUAAUACCAACUCCAACGCAUGCAUCAACAUCAAUACUAACAGCAUAACCAGUACUAAUACUAAUAUAAAUUCAAAUGCAGAUACAAAUACAAACGAAAAUAAUUAUAAUAUAACUAAUUAUGUUGAUACAAAUGAAAUUUACAUAAAUAGCAGUAUGAGACAAAAAAACAUGGAAGGAAUAAAUUAUUUAGCAAGUUUAUCUAAUAAUAGCUCAUUAGAAAAAAAUGAAAAAAAAAAUAAGUAUAAUUUCUUAUUAUUAAAUUCAAGUAGUGGGGAAAAAGAGGAUUUAUGUGCAUAUGAAGAAAAAUUGGGUAUUUCAUGUAGAUUUUUUAUCAAUACAUCAAAUCCUUAUGAUUUUGAUAUUAGAAUAAUAAAAGAAAAUUGUUUAACUAUAUUUCAAUUAUUAUACACGGAAAAAAAGAAAUGGUGUUCGCUCUAUAUAUGUACGCAUAAUGGUCCAAUGUCAAAUUUUAAUUAUCAUUUAUAUAAAAUUUUAUGUAGUAAAGAUGAUAUAUAUAUAUACUUUUUUUUAUUCAAGAAAUUUAUAUUUUCAUGCUACAUAUAUUUCAAUUUAGUAAGCAUUAAAAUAUAUUCUUCUUCCUCAAAUAAAGAGGACAGUAAAUUUAAUGAUUUUACAAAUAUUCUUAAUAAAAAAAGUUUUAUAAAUAAUGAAAAAAAUUACAAGAAUGAAGAAAGUAGUAUAUCUUCUAAUAAAAAGGACGAUGCCUAUAUGGAGAACAAUGAUGAAGUAAAAAAAAGCGAACUUCCUGAAGCAAAGGCAUCUUUACCUUCUAAUGAAAUUAAUUUGAAUUUUGAAAAAAUAAAGGAGCUAAGUAACGUUUAUAAUAAUAUAUAUGAUAGUAAUAAAAGUGAAGAAUCUAAAAUUUUAAAUUUUUUAUAUGACCCAUGUAAGCAUUUAUAUGGAAAUAAGCUUAAUAUUUGUUCAAGUUAUUUAAAUUUUUUUGAUAUGAAUCAAUCAGAUAUAAAAAAAAAAUUACAAUUAUUUAUUAAUACGCAUUCUCCAACUAUGAUAAAUAUUACAAAAAAAUGGAAUUCUUUUUAUUUAAAUAAGAGUAAGAUUUGCUCUUUUGUAGAAAAAUAUAAGGACAUAAAAUUUUCUUCAUUUGAUAAUUCUAGAAAAGAUAGCACAGAAAAAUUUAUUAAUUCAUUUGUUGAAACUUUUUCUGUUAUAAAAAAUUUUAAUAAUAAACAAAUUAAAGAAGAAAAAGAAAAAGAUGAUGAAGAGCAAUAUUCUGAAAAUGAACAUAUUUUACUUAAAAAUGAAAAAAAGAAUAAUAAUACUUCAACAUAUAAAAUUGAAGAAAAUAAUAACACAAUUUCUAUAUUAAAUGAAAGCACAAAAAAUGAAAAUAAAUCAUUAGAUAAUAUAAUUGAUCAAAAUAAUAAAAUAAAAGCACCAGAUAACAAUAUACAACUUUUAAAUUAUAACAUUAUUAAUAUUCAUGAAAUUUCAAGUAAUACAGAUAAUUUUAUAAUCAAUGAAAACAAAACAAUUCAGAACAAAGAUGAAAUUGGAAACCAAAAUUUCAGUUUUAAAGAUGAUACUCAGAAUAAUAUAUUUAGUAAAAAUAAUAAUGAAAAAAUUGAGGGAUCCUCUGAAAAUAACAUUGAUAAAGAUAAUUACACUAAUAAAGAUGAUAGUUCAAAUGAUAUUAAUAAAAACGAAAAUGACAUGAAUAGCAUGACUAAAAAUAAAGAAGACCUAAGUAAUAUUAAUAAUAAUUCAAAUAAUAGUAAUGAUAAAACAAUUAAUGAUGAUAAUAAUAAUGAUAAAACAAUUGAUGAUAAUAAUAAUAAUGAUAAAACAAUUGAUGAUAAUAAUAAUAAUGAUAAAACAAUUGAUGAUAAUAAUAAUCAUAAAACAAUUAAUGAUAAUAAUAAUAAUGAUAAAAUAAUUAAUGAUAAUAAUAACAAUGAUAAUAAUAAUAAUGAUAAAAUAAUUAAUGAUAAUAAUAACAAUGAUAAUAAUAAUAAUGAUAAUAAUAAUAAUGAUAAUAAUAUUAAUGAUAAUAAUAAUAAUGAUAAUAAUAAUAAUGAUAAAACAAUUAAUGAUAAUAACAUUAUUGCAAAUAUAAAUGAAAGCAAUUAUAAUGGUUGCAACAUAAACAUUAGUAAUUCAUUUAACAAUAAUGACAACAUGAAUAAUGAUAUUAAUGAUAAUAUAAUUAGCACUAGCAUUUGUAGUAAUAAUAAUAGUAAUCAUAAUGAAGGUAUUAGUAAUAUCAGUAAUGAUGAAACAUAUAAUAAAAUAUUUAAUACAAACAAAAAAAAAGUUACAAAUAUUAUAUGUGAGGAUUAUACCAAUGUUACAAGUAAUAAUAAGAAUGAAAAUAAUAAAGAAAAUUGUUUUAAUGAUACAAAGGAAAAUGUUUUCAAUUGUGUAGAAAGUAAAGAAAAUAUAUUGGAAUUAAAUAUGUUAAAUAAAAAUUGUUUACCUAAUAAUAUAAUUUUAAAUAAUUUAAAUAUAUUAAUCACUGAUUUAAAUGAAUUAUAUGAUUAUUUAGAGAACACUAAAGAUAAAACUAUAAAACUAGAUACCAAUUACUUACUAAAAGAAGAAAACAGUGGAAGUAAAAAUAAUACAUUUAGUACAAAGGGUGAGAAUAAUAUAAAUAACUUAUAUAAAGAAAUAAAAUCAGAUAAAGAAAUGUAUCAUAAAAAAGACGAAUAUUUUAAUAUAGAAAUAUCAUCUGUUGACAUGAAAAGUUUUUGUUCUGUGUGUUCAGGAAUUCAAUAUGAUAAUUUUGAAAAUAGUCUUAAUCAUUCAGAGGAAAAUAAUUACAAAAAGAUUGAAGUAUUUAUGAAAGAAAGUGACUUUUUUUGUAAUUGCAAUAAUAUUAAUAGCUAUCACAAUGAAUUGUUAAAUGAAAAUUAUAACUACAAGGUUUGCUUUAAUGGUGAUCAACCUAAUGAAGAAUAUUACGUGAUAAAAAAAGAUGAGAUGAAGAGAGUGAAUGGGAAAAAGGAUGAUCAUAUAAAUAUGGAUAAUGAAGAAGAUAUGAAUGAGGAAGAACAACAAAAUGGAAAAAACGAACUUAAAAAUAGGUGUCUAGCAAAAAAUAAAAAUAAAAUAUGGGUACAAAAUAAGGAUUUAGAAAAAAAGCCUUUGACUAGUAGAGAGUUAAGAAAUAUAAGAAGAAACAAAAUAGCUAAAAAUCAACAGGAUCAAAAAAAUAAGUCAGCAAAAUCUACACAGAAUUUUGACUUAAAGUCACCUAGAGUUAAAAAAUUAGAGAAAUUUACAAAUGUUGAUCAAGAAGAACUUAGAGAAGUUUUUGGACCGACAGGAGUUUCAGGUGUUUACUUUGAAAAAAGUAGAAGUAGUUGGACUGCUCAAUAUAAAGUUAGUGGAGGAAAAAGAAGAGCAAAAAGAUUUUUAGUUACUAAAAAUAUGACUUAUGAAGAAAUAGAAAAUGUAAAACAACAGUGUAUAGCAUAUAGAAAACAAAUGGAAAAGGAGUAUGUAAAAGAAUUUUUAAAUGAAGAAAAAAAAAAAGCAAAUAAUAUGAAUUGCUCUAUAAGAAAACCUAAAAGAAAAAGAAAAAUGAAAAAUUUUUAUGAAUGUUAA